CAUUUCAAGCAAACGUUUACACAUCUCCACACACACUGAUCUUAGAUAGAAAACACAGUAAAUCGGAUUUUAGGGUUUUUCUUUUUCCUUCUUUGUUUUUCUUUUCUUUUCCCUCUCUCUUGUUUUUGUUUUUGAGUUUCUCUAGGCCUCUGUUUUCCGGGUUUUUUUUGCAGUUUCUCUUGCCCUUGCCCUAGGUUUUCACUACUCUCUGUCUUGCUCUCUCUCGAUCGUUCUAUCUCUUGUGCUUCUGCGAUUUUCAGUACUCUUUUGUUCUAAUUUGAUUACCCUAAUACCCAGAACUACCUUUUCUCUCUCUCUUUUACUUUUCUCGCAGUCUUUUAAGUUUCUUACUUUUCUCCUGGCCUUUUAACUUUACAUUUUUCAUCUUUGUUUCGUCAUUAAUCUAGAAAAUGUUUCACAACUUGUAGUCCUUAAACCCUCGUGUGUUAUUUUUGUUUUCGUUCUUCUUUUUCCCUUUUCCUUGGGGUUUUUUAUCUGUCUCUGCAUUUCAGUCUGUGUAUUUAUUCGUCCAUUUAUAGCUGCUUUUUUCUCUUAAAGUGCACAGAUAUAUACCCGUUUCUCUCUCUAAAUAGACUAAAAAAAAUAGAAGAAAAAUGCAGCAGAGGCUUAAGCAACAGCAGCAACAAGCUCUGAUGCAGCAGGCUUUGCUUCAGCAGCCUGCUCUUUACAACCCUGGCAUAUUGGCUGCAAUCUCUCAGAUUGAUCCAAUCCCAAGUGGAAACCUGCCUCCUGGCUUUGAUUCAACUACAUGCCGCAGUGUGUAUGUGGGUAACAUCCAUGUUAAUGUCAAUGAGAACCUUCUUGCAGAGGUUUUUCAAAGUACCGGUCCACUUGAAGGGUGCAAACUUAUAAGGAAGGACAAGUCAUCUUAUGGCUUUGUGGAUUACCACGAUAGGAGGUCAGCAGCACUCUCCAUUAUGACUUUAAACGGGAGACAGCUGUUUGGUCAGCCGCUAAAAGUUAACUGGGCAUAUGCCAGUGGCCACAGAGAGGAUACAUCUGGUCAUUACAAUAUUUUUGUUGGUGAUCUUAGUUCAGAGGUCACAGAUGCAUCUCUUUAUGCAUUUUUCUCGACAACAUUUCCCAGUUGCUCGGAUGCAAGGGUCAUGUGGGAUAACAAAACUGGGCGGUCUAGAGGGUUUGGAUUUGUAUCUUUUCGUAAUCAGCAGGAGGCUCAGGCUGCCAUAAAUGACUGGAAUGGUAAAUGGCUUGGUAGUAGACAAAUACGUUGCAAUUGGGCAGCCAAGGGGGCUGGUUUUAAUGAUGAUAAGCAGAACAGCGACACCCAGAGCAUGCAAGGGUUGGGAAAUGGUUCCUCAGCUGGCAUAGCAGAUGGCAGCCAGGAGAAUACAAAUGAGGAUGCCCCAGAGAACAAUGCAUCAUACACUACAGUUUACGUUGGGAACCUUGCUCACGAGCUUACGCAGCCAGAGCUCCACCGCCAGUUCCAUAUGCUCGGGGCUGGAGUAAUAGAGGAAGUUCGCAUUCAAAGAGACAAGGGGUUUGGGUUUGUCAGAUACCAAUCUCAUGAUGAAGCGGCCCUUGCUAUUCAGAUGGCCAAUGGUAGGAUCAUUUGCGGAAAGCCCAUGAAGUGUUCAUGGGGCAACAAGCCGACUCCUCCUGGCACCGUAUCAAAUCCUCUCCCGCCUCCUUCUGCACCAUUCCAGCUUCUCGGACCAGGGGGCUAUUCGGCAGCUGAGUUGUUGGCAUACCAGAGGCAACUUGCGUUAACCCAGGCUGCGGCCGCUGCUGCUGCUGGCAGUCUCCCCCUCUCGGGACAGCAGGCGUCGGCCGCCCUCACUUCUGGAGGCAGCCAGGCUAUGUACGAUGGCUACCCCAACCACUCAGCAGCUGCACAACAGCAGCUCAUGUAUUACCAGUAGUAAUGCUAUUAAGUUCUCUCUCUCUCUCUCUCUCUAUAUAUAUAUAUAUAAUAUUAUAUAAUGCCCACUCUCAAAUACCAUAGUUUCAUGUCCAAAACACUUCCCACCACCCAAAUUAUACCUCCAAAGAGCCCAAAACUCUUCCCACCACCCAAGUUGUACCUCCAAAAGUCUCUCUCUCUCCCUCUACACCUAUUCUCUCUUAUCAGCACCUAUCCUCUCUUAUCAGCUGUGAGAUCCAUAUAUACUCUUCCAAAACCUCCCACUACCUCCCACUAUAUGAUAUCCAUCCCAAUGUCUAUCCAUCUGCAGAUACGCAGAGUCUCGUGAUCACCUUCUGUUGAGUAAUUUCUAUCCGGAUUUUCUGGCUGCCUUUGUUUGAUCUAGAUUUUGGUGUUUUUCUCUUUUUAGGUGCUAAAGGCUUUCUCAUGUUUCCUUUUACUUUCUUUCUCUUUUGAUUUCUGCAUUUUUAUGCUUUAAUUGCAUGAACAGGUUUGUUGAUUGUAAAGAUUUGGAUAUGGCAGUUGCUGCCUUCCUCUUUGUUUGUUCUUCAUUUCGUAGUUUUAGUUACAGUUGUCCUCUUUUCUUUUUCUUGAUGCGGAGAUAUAUUUGUGUAUACUUUGAUCUAUAUAUUGAAGGAAAAGUAUUUUGUGGCUUGGCU